AUGGCACCGGCGACGACGCACCGGCCCAAGACAGGUCGCCCUCCGCACGCCGUCUGGGCCCACUUCAUCAAGGGCGAGAAGCGCAACGGGUCCCAUCACCACGUCUACUGCCGCUACUGCUCGGACGCCCAGGCGCAGGCUCUCGCAGCACCGGCCAACCCUGCGGCGGGUCCGUUGAGCAUCGAGGCCAUUCGCGGUGUGCCCACCAAGAUGCUACGCCACCUCAGCAUCUGCAUCUACUGCCCUGCCUCGACGAGAAUUCACAUUCGCUCGAUGGCCGACGAGCACGCGGCAGGUCCCAGCCGCAAACGCCGGCGCACGCCCGAGCCCGAGGCCAUGGUGCCACCGCAGCCGCUGCUCGACCUCUUGCUCAGCGACGGCCCUGUGCGGCCCAGCGCACCGCCUGUCGCGAGCGAAAAGCGAUCAGCGGCCAUCGCGCUCCCUCCGGACGAUGCACUGGUGCAGGUCGCGCUCGGUGGGCACGUGUCGUGGGCGUGGGUUUGGAACCCCGACGUAUCGAAGCUAUUGACAGUCAAUGUGCCCGACCCGGACGUGCUCUACGAACGUUGCUUGCGCCACCGAGCUGGCGAUCCGCCGAGCAUGCCUUUUGCGUCGCUCUCGGUCGCGUCCUGGACGUCGCUUUGCUCGCGCGAGUUUACCAUUGCGUGCACGCUUCAGUACCUCCACAGCUGCACGACGAUAUCCAUCGCAUCGAUCGCGCCGACGCUUGAGGCGUGCCUUGCGCACCUGACGGGCGUCGUGGCCUCCAGUCCGCCGCUCGUGGCCAUCCUCGUCGACUCGGCACUGCUGCUCGAAGCGGCCAUGGCUGCGCUGCCGCAGUGCACGGUUCUUUUUGUACUCGCGCGCUCCUUCGACUCGUCUCGGCAAAGCUGGCGGGCGAUGGCGGCGCAUGAGAGCGAUGUCAGUGCUAUGUGGUCGACGCUGGACGCCGCGCAUGCCCGCCUCGAGGCACCCGGCGUCGUGUCGGGUCGAGACGCGCUGCUUGUCUAUUUACACCUAACCCGCGCACAAUCCUCGUGGCCGCUGCUGCCAUCGAUUCUCUCCAAGUGCGACGGCCGCCUAUGGCUCCUUGCGUAUGCGCUGCAUACCGCCACCGACGUCGACCUUUUCGAGCACUGGCUUCACGUGGGCGCGGCGGUGCGCCACUACGCCCUGCAGUGGCACCUCGACGCCAACGCUGUCGUCACCCAUGUGCUCGAGCUUCGGCGCGGCCAGUUUCCGUUUGAUAGCGCGACAAAAGCGCUGUACGCCGAGGAUGUGUGUUCCUACUACGCCUUUCUCUCCGAGUCGCACCCCGAGCUCCACGCGUUUUGCAUCCGGCUGUUUAGCAUCGCGCCGGCGUGCGCGCGCUACGAGAUGGUGCUGCCAGGGCUUUUUGACGCCGGCAUUAGUCCGUUCCUCGCCCGUAUUGACAUUCCCGCGCAAGCGCAGUGCGCCAUCGUCAAGUACAGCGAGCACUCGACCAAGCGCCCGAGUGCAUACGCGCCCCAAGUGCUCUCGGUGGAUGAUUGGCUGCAGCUGCGACCAGAGAUCCAAGCCUUUGUUCAAUCCGAAGUCGACGCGUUUGCGACGCUACCCAUAACCAGCGCCAGCGUCGACUUGACGGUCUUCUCCAGCUGCGACGACGAGGCGUGAUGAAUGCAACGUCGUGAACCAUUCCCGUACGCAUUCUUGAUAGAAAUAUGAACGACAAAUAUGCGCCGCAUCACGGACAUUCAAG